AGGAGCAGCUUUGUAACCUGGAUGUGUCAUUUUGCCUAGGAACUGGGCAGAGAUUUGCCAGACUUGUGCCAUGUACAGCAACAAACCCCUGUCAGAUAGUAACAAUUCUCACUCGCUUUUCUUCUGGGCUAGUGAUUUUUAAAGAGGGGACUUGUAUUCACGGUCUCUGGGGCUUUAGUGAGCUUCUAAUGCGGAGAAUGUCGUGCAGGGGUUUCCUGAGGUUGCUGGCAUCACCUUUGAGCUGGAGUAUCAAUCCUUUCCCUCAUGUCUUCGUACCAGGGAGAUGGCCAUUAACCCAAGCUCUGGGCCAUUUGGAAACCCGCACCAUGGCAACCCUCAACCAGAUACACCGUAAGGGCAAGCCAAAGUUUCCCCCACCCAAACUCGGCCCCACCUUUGGCAACCCCCAGCUCAAGGGAGUGGUCCUCAAGACCAUGAUUCGCAAGCCCAAGAAGCCCAACUCUGCCAACAGAAAGUGCGCCCGGGUGCGGCUCAGCAACGGCAAGGAGGUGAUCUGCUUCAUUCCCGGAGAAGGUCACAACUUGCAGGAGCACAGCAUUGUGCUGGUGGAAGGUGGAAGGACACAGGACUUGCCUGGGGUGAAGCUCAAAAUAGUGCGUGGGAAAUAUGACUGCGCCCAUGUUCAAAAGAAGAAAUAAGUGCCGCCGCGCUGAGAGGUGUCGUGGGAUUGUCAAAUUCCCGGCUUCGUAGGAAAGGAGUUUUAAUCACGUCUGCAUUCGUGUCAUGGCAGAUAUCCUCCAGAGACACAACUACUUGCUCUGUACUGUUGUGAGAUAUUUACACAUAGACCAUGCUCAUUAAAUUCGAACUCCUC